AUGCGGUCGUUGGAUUUGGAGGCUAUGCACGCACCGGAGUUUCCGCAAUAUAUGAAUCCAGCCCCUCCUGUUGUGGCGGAUGGUGAGUUCACAGUGGGGAUGGAAUUCAGCUCAAGGGAGGCAGUAAUCAAGGCAAUGAAAGAUUAUACCAUCCGGAGAGGUGUGGACUAUCGGGUAUAUGAGUCGGAACCGACAACAUUCUAUGCCAAAUGUAUAGAAUAUGGGAAUGGUUGUGACUGGUUGAUCAGGGUAACCAAAAUGCAGAAGAAGUACUGUUGGGAGAUAAGGAGGUACAAUGGAAGUCAUACUUGUACCAGGUCUACUAUUUCUCAAGACCAUUCGAAGUUGGAUUCUAAGACAGUUGCAGAAGCAAUAAAGCCGUUGGUAAAGGUUGACCCGUCUAUAAAGGUGAAAUCAGUAAUUGCUGAUAUCCAGUCAAAGUUUAACUACACCAUCAGUUAUCGCAAGGCUUGGUUAGCAAAGCAGCAGGCGGUCGAAUCAAUUUUUGAAAGUUGGGAAGCAUCGUAUGAAGCUUUGCCGAUAUGGUUUGAGGCCAUGUGCCACAACAAGCCAUCAGCAGUGGUUCACUUUGAAACAAUGCCAGCUUACCAGGGGGAUGAUUUAGUUCCUGAUAUACGUGUUCUACAUAGAGUCUUCUGGAGUUAUUACCCCUGUAUAAGGGCCUUCAGACACUGCAAGCCAGUGGUGCAGGUGGACGGGACUCAUUUGUAUGGAAAAUAUAAGGGUUGUUUAUUGGUUGCAGUCUCACAAGAUGGUAAUAACAACAUCGUGCCUAUUGCAUUUGCCAUAGUGGAGGGAGAGACUUCUGGUGCAUGGCACUUUUUUCUGAGCAACCUGCGUCAACAUGUGGUGACCCGUGAUGGUGUCGGACUAAUCUCCGAUCGACACGAUUUGAUUAGGUCAGCUAUUGAACGAAGUAAUGGGGCGUGGUCUCCUUCAAGAGCUUUCCAUAUGUUUUGUAUCCGGCAUAUUGAGUCCAACUUCUUGAGGAAGUUCAAAGCACCUUACUUGCAGAAGCUUAUCGUCAACAUUGGAUACUCGAGGACGACCAGGGAGUACCAGAUGCGCUAUGAACGAUUAAAGGAACGGGGUGAGGCUUACACCAAUUGGUUUGAUUGGAUCUCUCGUGAGCAGUAUGCUUUGGCAUUUGAUGGUGGUUACCGAUGGGGUCAUAUGACCACCAAUCUUGUGGAAUGUAUCAACUCCAUCUUAAAGAGUGCACGCAAUCUCCCAGUCACUGCACUUGUUAAGGCGGCAUUUUACAGAUUGAAUGAGUUGUUCACUAGGAAAAGAGCUGAGGCUGAAGCCCGAAUCAGUGCUGGACUUGUAUUCUCUGAGAUGGUGACAACCAAGCUGAAUGCAAAUCAACGAGCAUCAGGUAACAUACAGGUUAGCUGUUUUGAUAGAGAAAAUGAAGUCUUCGAAGUACGCGAGAUGCCUAGUGGGGUUGAGUAUGCAGGAAAUUGUUAG